UUUUAUGUGACCACAAAUAUAAAUCAAGAAAAAUAAUACCCAUAUUUUGAUUGCUAUUUUUUUUAUAAAAAAAUUGGACAGAAAAAUGGGUUCAAAGAGGGAUUCCCCAGUGAAUGAUUGGGUUGAAUGGUUGAUGAAGAGGUCAAUGAAAUUGAAGAUAUUUUUGGGGACAUUUCUUGCUCUUAGUGGUUUGGUGACUCUAAAAUUUACAACUACAGAUCCAGAUUUUUUCUUCAUAGCCACUGAAAUAAACCACAUUGCUGGCCUUAUUAUCCUCAUAUACAAGCUCUUCGUUCACAAGACUUGUUCUGGUUUAUCUCUCAAGACUCAAGAGAUCACUGCAUUAUUCGUAGUAACAAGAUUAUGUAGUAGCCUCUACAUGGAGGGUAACAUCCAUACUGUGUUGGAUCUAUUAUAUCUUUUGUCAACAUUAAUGAUUAUUUGGUUGAUAAGAUUCAAGCUGAAGUCUUCAUAUAUCAAGGAGUUUGACAAUAUGUGGUUAUCCUUUUUGGUGGUGCCUUCUGCAAUUAUGGCAGUAUUAAUCCACCCAGCUACAAGUCAUAUUUGGAUAGCUCGAGUCAUUUGGGCAUUCACUUCGUAUUUGGAAACUGUUUCAAUACUUCCCCAACUUCGUUAUAUGCAAAAUGCAAAGAUGAUUGAAACAUUCACAGGAUAUUAUGUAUUUGCUCUUGGUCUCUCAAGAUUCUUCUCACUAGCAUAUUGGAUUAUCCAUACUUAUAAUUCUCGAGGACAAUAUCUAUUUCUCUUCGGCCAUGGCUACUUUUGGAUGUUAGCAUCUCUUUUCUCAGAGAUAGUUCGAUCUUUCAUCUUGGCAGAUUUUUGUUACUAUUACAUCAAGAGCUUCAUGCAAGGACAACUUUUGAAGAAGAUGCCUGUUUAAUUUGAUUUGGUUGGCUAUACAAUGUACUCAACAAGAAUUUGAAACUGUAACUUAGUUUCAUUGGCUCGUUAUACUAAAAGGUGAUAUAUAAACUCUUUUCGGUUUCUACAUUUAAUCCAUAUUUAUUCUAUAUUUUUAACACGCAAACUUUGGAAAGGUAAUUCGUCAGUAUUA